ACAGACCUGAUGUGACUAGCCAGCGGCCAUGCUUCCCCACCGUGAUGAACUACAAGGAGUCAGAGUAACCCCUUCUUUAACCUGCUUUUGUCAGGUGUCUUGUCAGCCCAGGGACCUAUAGAAAUGCAGAUUCUUAAGCCCCACCCAGACCUGCUGGAUCAGAAACUCUGUGGAUUGGGUCCUGGAAGUAAAACUUACUGGCUCUUUUUUGGUAGUUCUGAUGCUCCCUCAAGUGUCAAGACCACUGCUUUAAAGAGAAAGAUUGAUGUACUAGGGGUGUCAAGGAAGAAGAGGAAAUGAGGUGCUUGUAGACCCUGAUGCUUGUGCUGCCGGCCAUAAACGCAGGGAUCCAGACUCUGUCUACUGAGGCUGCUCCUAGGAACGGGCCCUGGGAACAGGCGCUGAGACCAGGCUACAAAGAACCCAAGAGAUGAAGGGUCUCCUCACACUGGCUUGGUUCCUGGCUUGCAGUGUGCCUGCAGUCCCAGGGGGCUUGCUAGAACUCAAGUCCAUGAUUGAGAAGGUGACCAGGAAGAAUGCCUUUAAGAACUAUGGCUUCUACGGCUGCUACUGUGGCUGGGGCGGUCGCGGGACACCCAAGGAUGGCACUGAUUGGUGCUGUCAGAUGCACGACCGUUGUUAUGGGCAACUGGAGGAAAAAGACUGUGCCAUUCGGACCCAGUCCUAUGACUACAGAUACACAAAUGGCCUAGUCAUCUGCGAACACGACUCCUUCUGUCCAAUGAGGCUCUGUGCCUGUGACCGGAAGCUGGUCUACUGCCUGCGGAGAAACCUCUGGACUUACAACCCUCUUUACCAGUAUUACCCCAACUUCCUCUGCUAAUGUCCGCUGUGCGCUCUGCCCUGGGGGCACCUCCCACGGUGGCAGUCUCCCUCUGCUGUAUUCCUGAUGUGUCCCGCCUCCCCCACAAGGUCUUGGAUCUGCCUUCCUCUGUGCACCAGUGGACUGGACAGAGCCCCCCCCCCCCCCCAGGGCUACACUCUUCCCUCCAGAGUCCGAGGAAGGGACUUUGAUCUAGAGUUGGCAGACUCUCAGGAUGGCUGAGCCUGCACUUGCUAAGUUGGCUCUGGGCCCUGAAGCUCCCCCGGCUCAGGCCAGCCGUGUUGACUUUUCUUUCAAUUUCUGGAACCCAACUGUCAUUAGCACCCUCCAGAGACCUUUUACUGGAGGAGAAGCCAAAUUAACUCUAUAAAUCUGCUAUGUAGAUAUUAAAUAAAACCCAUUCUCAAGGCUAGAAAAACACCACCCCAGCACUUCCUCUGACGGGGCUGGGGUGGGAUUGCCCACGCUUUUCCAACCCCCCCCCCCCCCCGAGGCAUCUGUAUGCUCUCGGGGAUGGAGGUCAGGAAACAGGUGGGAGCCUUGACGCCUUGAUGCCUUUCAUGGUUUGUCUUGAGUUCAUUUUCUUCAACCUUAGGCUCCUUCAAGCCAGACCUGGGGUUUAUGUUUCUUCUGGAGGAAGAUGAGACACAGCCCUAUGCCACCUUGAGCUCCUGGCUAGAGAGGGCAACAAUCAGCUCCCAGCCCUGGCUUCUGGCAGCUGUAUGGUCUUUUAAACCUUUGGAUAGUCCGAAUCUCUCUGGCUCUCCUCAAAAUAUAAAACAAGGCUCCUUCCAGGAGUAUACUGGUGCACACCCCAAUCCCAGCACCUGGAAGGUGGAGGCAAGAGAAUCGGGAGUUCAAGGCCAGCCUCUGCUCCCUAGCAGGGAUAGUAGCCUAGACUAUGUGAGACUGUGUUUCAGAAAGGACCCUGGUACAGAUACAGGGGAGCUGGGGUUCUGAGAUGUCACUCAGUGAGAAAAAUGGUUUAAAUAAGAUUCGGGGGGGGGGGGUAGAGAUAUAUCAAUGGCGGAAUGUCUGUCUAUUUUUCACCGAGUUAGGGGCUCUGAAAAUCUCAAGUCAUCUAUCGCUUUAUAAAAGACAGAACUUUCUCAUAGCAACAAGACAGGAGGAAGAGAUGUAUUCAACAGUAAAGCAGUGUCCUUCCGGAGGAAGGGUCUAGGCUUCUUCAAAUGGAGCUCCAGAAUGUGCACGGGACACAUCCGAUCUAUAUUUAGAGACCUUUAGUGUUCAAACAUUUUCUAAAUAAAGCUAAUUAUAUGAGACUACCCUGAA